CUUCCAUCUUCAACUCGACCAUGGACAUCGAUCCGGGCUUUCUUGCUGUGUUUGUGGGCAGCCAGCUCACCACCGUGGCGCUCGGCACGCCCUUCGCCGGCGCCAUGACCCGUCUCCGUGCCAACUGGGCUCCGCUCAAGGGCAAAGGCAAGGGCGCGGAGCUCGGCGGCAUUAUUGGUGCGCUUCAGCGGACGUGGGACGUUGAGGGCGUGUGGGGCAUGUUCAAGGGCGCGUAUGCCUCGACUAUUGCAUCGCUCACUGUCUCUCUCGGCUCGGCUCUCAUCUACCUCACCAACCCGUUCCCUGGCGACCCCAACGCCGGUUUUGUCAACAAUCUUAUCGCCAGCCUUGAUCUGUCGCCAAACGCGGCGGUCCUUGCCGGCGUCACUGCUUCCCUGGCAAUUGGCAUCUCGCUCAUCCCGUUCUCGGUCCUCACGUCGCGCUCGGUCGUCACUCCCCUCCGCCUCCCCUUCUCCACUCGCGCUCUCCGCGGCCUCACCUCGGAGCGCGAGCGCGCCGAGCCCUGGCGUCUGUGGACCAUCCCCGGCCUCAUCGCCAACUACACCCUGCAGACUGUCUUGCCCAUCACCGUGACCACUGUCACCCUCCCACUGCUCUAUGGCGUCGCAGCCGCUUCCUCCCCGCAGAUGCAGGGACAGGGCGCAUCCCCCGAGUACUUCGGCUUCAUGUACGUGGUCGCCAACACGGCCGCGUCGCUGUGGAUGGUGCCACUGGCCGUGUUGGCGGAGAAGCUUGCCGUUGGGCAGGAUGCCGAGGCAGCGGCCGAGACCAAGGCCGCCGAGGCUGAGUUUGGACGCAUCGCCAAUGAGGUCGUUGUCGCUGCCCGCCCGCCGCCGCGCUACACCGGCCUUAUUGAUGCUUGGAGCACUGUCCGGGCUGAGGAGGGACUAGGUGCGCUGUACCGCGGCUGGAUUUGGAGCGCGAUCGGACUUGCCGCCCCUGCCAUCAGCCAGGUUUUGGCCGCCGCCCAGGCCGGCCAGCGGUCGCAGAUUUAAUCAAGCACAGAUCACGCCGAUGCAUGUCCAUAUCCUGUAG